AAAAAUAAAUGAACACUGUAAAAGAAUUACUUUCGUGUCCUGUACAUCAUGAAAACUGUUGUCAUUAUAUUUGCUGCAGUUGUGGCCGUAAAUGCCAAUCAGAAAUGUACGGGGGUGCCGAGAAAGUACAAUGGAAAGCUGUGUGCUUCUACCACUCAUUACCAUGACAACCAAAAAGGGGCCUGUGGUUGUGGCACUGACCCUAACACCCCGUUUUCCUGGAAUAUGCACAGUUAUACCGUGGCUGCAAAUGAGAUGUUGUUUGAUUCCCCGAAAGCGUGGUGCGGGAAGACGUGUGGAAGAUGUGUCAAGCUAACCACGACAGGUGGUUACGUCGAACACGAAGGGUCGGCCCCUAAACACGGUGCAGGGCAAAGUGUCGUGUUCAUGAUCACGAACGAGUGUCCCCGCAAUGGCAACAUGAAGUGGUGCGGUCAGCGGAUCGCACCUCACGAGUGUGAGCGGGAACACGGCCAGUGUGCGCAAAACGGCGGCCUCAACAAUUUUGGGUACGCUGUUCACUUCGACGUGGAAACUGGAGCGGGUCAGGUGACUCAGCUAGGAUGGGAUAAUCCAGAGGUUACCAUGGAGUUCGUGGACUGUAACCAGGCGCAUGCGCACAACUCCAAGACGCCUAACAUACAGAUGUAUCAUCAGUGCCAAUGUGCUGGAGGAAAUGGGAAAAAAUAAACA